GGACGAGAACGGCAACUCGCCGUUGUACGGAUCCGGCGGAGACUUGAUCCCUAGGUGCGAGAAUUGCUGGGCGUACUACAACACGUAUUGUGAUCAGGAACAGUGGGCGUGGACUUGUGCGAUUUGCGGAACGCUAAAUGGACUCUCGUCUGAGACGAUUGCGAGGCAUGCUAAUCCGGAAUCGUCUCCGGAGACGAUGUCGUCGUUCAUCGAUCUGGAAUUGCCUCGCUAAUACAAGAAUUGGCAAAUAUUUCUUCUUGCACUGGAGUCCAUUGAAGCUGUUAUAUGAAGUUAUUGAGUUCUGUAUCAGUUAGACACUACUGUAUUCAUUUGUAAACUUAGUUCCAUACCAGUGAAAGUGUAGCCUAUUGCAGGAAAUAGUGACUGUUUCUAACAGUGGAAGUUGUUUUUAUUAUUUUUGUUUUAUAAUCAUCAAGUUUUUUUAGAAAUAGAUGUCAAUAUUCAAUUAUUCAUGCGAAUUAUUCUCAGUUUUUUCCAUGUUGUAGUUGAUGGUGCUGAGGAGGAGGAUAUGCAAGCCCGGCCUGUUUAUGUUGCUGCUAUUGAUUUGGCAUCCUCAGAAGAGUUUCUAGAACUUACAAAAAGUGCUUUGUUAGCAGCUCUGGAAGCUCUUGCGCCUGGAUCUCUUUUUGGGCUUGCUACAUUCAGCCACAAAUUAGGUUUGUAUGAUGUGCAAGGACCAAUUCCCGUGGUGAAAAAUGUUUUCUUACCUGCGGACUCUGAUGGAACCCUAUCAAUUGAGCUUGAAGAUGCUAUGCCAUUGUUUUCCUUUUUGGCUCCAGUAGAAACUUGCAAGGAUCGAAUUGCAUCUGCACUUGAAACCUUGAGGCCAACAUCGUCAUGGGCAGGUACAGGUGGCGAACAAGGAUUGGAUAGAAUUCUGCUGGGAGGACGCGGUUUCGGGCUGGCAAUGGAAUCACUUAUCUCAUACCUUGGAUCUGAACACGGCAACACUUUCGCAUUAGCCAGAAUCUUUGCUUUUCUAUCUGGGCCUCCUGAUUAUGGGCCUGGCCAACUGGACACAAGAAGAUAUGGCGAGCAGUAUGCUAGCAGAGGAGAGGAUGCUGAGCUGGCAUUACUUCCUGAACAAACACCGUUUUACAAAGAUUUGGCUGCAGUUGCUGUUCAAGCUGGUGUUUGUAUAGACAUACUUGCUGUUACAAAUGAGUACACAGAUCUGGCGUCCUUAAAGUUUCUUAGCAUUGAUAGUGGAGGCUCAUUGUUUCUGUACCCAAAUACUGAUGAUUCAACACUACCUCAGGAUAUGUAUCGAAUGUUAAGUCGUCCAUAUGCAUUCAAUUGUGUCAUGCGGUUAAGGACAUCCACUGAAUUCAAAACCGGAAAUUCAUAUGGUCACUUCUUCCCUGACCCACAAUAUGAAAAUGUUCAGCAUGUUAUUUGUUGUGACUCGUAUGCUACUUAUGCUUAUGACUUUGAUUUUGUCAAUAAUGAUGGGUUUGCCAGACACACUUCCGAGCUUCCCAUGUUACAAUUGGCUUUCCAGUAUACUGUUGUGGUGCCCCCUGAGGAACAUUCAACUACAGGCUCAGGCUUGACGAGUAGAUCAAAAUACACUAUCAAAAGGCGACUUAGAAUAAGAACAAUGCAGUUUGGAGUUGCACGUAACUUUAAUGAGUUAUAUGACAGUGUCGAUCCUGAAGUUGUUCUUUCGAUACUUGUUCACAAGGUGAUACUAGCCUCGCUUAGCGAAGGAGUUAGAGAAGGCAGGAUGUUACUACAUGAUUGGCUUGUAAUUCUUACAGCUCAAUAUAACGACGUAUGCAAAAUUGCUUCCAGUGAGUUUAGAAGCUCAACGGGGUCACUUAUUGAUGUCACAUUUUCUCAAUGUCCACAACUACAAGCUUUACCUCGAUUAGUAUUUGCUUUACUUCGAAACCCUCUUUUGCGUUUUCAUGAAGAAGGCAUUCACCCUGAUUAUCGGAUUUACCUUCAAUGCUUGUUCAGUGGGCUGGAACCGAGUUCUCUUCACCGUGCAAUAUAUCCACUUUUGACAUCAUAUGCAAAUCCUGAUAAACUAGCGUAUCCUCGCCAUUCAUUGAGCCGGGCUGCUUUAAUGACGAGUGAAAGUCCGAUAUUUUUCCUUGAUGCAUUCACAACCUUGAUUGUAUUCUAUUCCUCUACGGCUGACCCUACACUUCCUUAUCCUCCACCACAUGACUGUUUGUUGAGAAGAACAAUAAACAAAGUGAAACAAGAACGAAGCAUUACUCCUAGACUGAUGUUUAUUAGAGGCGGUCAAGAGGAUGCAUCCGUGUUUGAGAGUUAUCUAAUUGAAGAACAAGAUGUGGAUGGAGGUGGGUUCGCAAAUGCGAUGGGCUUUGUUUCCUUUUUGGAGGAGAUCAGUCAGAGUGUGUUAGAGUACAUGAAGUAGAAGACUUGUACAUAUUGCAUCAAGGGUUGUACCUAGCGAGAGAGUUUUGAAAGUUUGUUUUCGGAGACAAGUUUUGUGUAACAAGGACUAACCCAAGAUUAGUGAUCAAAAUGAGGAAGUAUACACAUUUUUUGGAAUAAAUAACAUGUUGAGUUGAUGGUUAA